AUGGAGAAGGCACGUUUUACAGAGUUACUGGACACGUCUUUGUACGACUUCCGGCAGCAAUUGUUGGCUGCCUACACUGGUGCCGCGGACUCCGCCAGCACCUCCCCUCUUGACGAAAGUGGGCGUGGCAGCGUGCGGGCAGUGGACAGUGGGCAGAUGUCGCACGAGCAGGCAGAGUCAGUGGCCUGGGCCAAGGCGGAGGCCGUUGAUUCAUCACGGGAGCGCGGUAUCUCUGGCUGCUCCAGUGCGAGUUCGCUGACACCGAGUGACGAGCGUAUCAGUGUCCACGAACUCGGCGAAAUGCUCCAGGCUUUCUCAGGGUACCUCCCCUCCCGGCUCAGUGAGAGGGUCACUGCAGAAGAGGCGGUCGCCAUCCGGCAUCGGUUGCGGGUGAGAUUGGGAGCUCCUUCUCCAAGGACCUUGGUCACGGGGAAGUCCCUGUGCGAAGCUGUGACGGCGCUGGGGCUGACCACGUACACCGAGGAGGACAUGAAUGUAAUGCUGAACUUGCUCUCCGACUUCAUCGGCCUCUCAUUCGAGAACCCCCCGCGGGAGGAUGCCCGCUAUCGAAAGUCAGACAGCAAGCCUGACUUGGACCGAUUUCUCUAUUCCUGGGAUGCCCGCUAUGGAAAGGCUGUCUGGGAGUGGCCUUUGCGCAGCCACGACCAAAGCUCCUUCCGGCAAACGGCCACCCUCGAACUGAAUCCCAAGAGCUGCUACAAUGCCGUGCCCGCCCUGCCGUUGAUGGAGAUCUUCCUCUCCCAAGACACAAAUUUUCACAAGCAGAUCUUCGGAUCCAAGGUUCUGACCCAGUUCAGAGCUAUGCGGGAAAUUCUGCUGGCGUCGGAUACGAAUCGGCUCGUGGCAGAACUAACCUUUGUGCGGAUCAAUGACCUCGCGGCACCACCGGAACCUGUGGACCCGAUCUUGUACAUAGAGCCCUUCGUGGCAAUCUUGAUCUUGGGCAAUGGCAUCAUGGUCGGAUUGCAGACAGAUCCCACGUUCAAGGACUGGCCAGGUUGGAUCUAUCUGGAGCUCGGAUUUGAGUUGUGCCUGGUUCUGGAGAUCGCCUUGCGCAUGCGUCUCCAAGGCUGCUUCGAGUACUGGUGCGGAUCGGAUCAGUGGUGGAACUACUUCGACUUGCUGCUGGCGGCAACUGGCGUCAUGGAUCUGAUCAUGCAGGGAGUUCGCCAACAAAAGUCAGACGUCACUGGCACCUCCCUCCUCCGCUUCUGCCGCCUGAUUCGGCUUGCUCGGAUCGUGAAAGUGUUUCGCAUCAGGUUCAUGAAGGACCUCCGCCUCAUGGUGAAAGGCUUGAUUGCUGGGAUUCGCACACUGGGCUUGGCUUUCAUCUUGCUCUUCGCGGUGCUCUACGUCAUCGCCGGAUUUGCCACCAUCGCGAUCGGCCAGGACACGAGAACCAAGGAGCUGAACUUGGAUAAGUACUUCCACAACAUCCCCGCAGCCAUGUUCACCGCCUUCCGAUGCUUCAACGGAGAGUGCGUCAAUGAGAAGGGCUUGCCCAUCAACGACCUUCUUGCUGAAGCGCUGGGGUGGCCCUUCAUCACGGGCUACAUCGCCAGCUACAUGCUUGUGGCCAUGGGAAUCUUCAAUGUCAUCCUGGCUGUGUAUGUGGACAUCACCAUGAAGGCUGCCAAAGAGAACGACGCUGUGACGGCGGAGCAGCACACGAAGGAAUCCAUCCGGGUCGCGCGCACCACGCGAGAGCUGCUGAAAAAGUUUUCGGGGGCCUUUCAUGUCUUUGCAGAUCAGGGGGAUUUCAACAGGCUUGACAAGUUGCCUUCGGAAAUCCUGAUCACGCAGGAUGGACAGCAGGACAAGAUCGCGAUCACCAAGGAGCUCUUUCUGUUGAUCAUCCAGGAUCCGGGUGUCCAGCGGCUGAUGGAUGAGCUGGAGCUUCCGCCGGACCGCGCGAACCUCUUUGAGAUCAUCGAUGCGAACGGCAAUGGCACCCUCCAGGUGUCGGAGUUGCUGCACGGCCUUCUAAAGAUCCGCGGGGAGCUCAACAAGAGCGACGUAGUGGCGACUCUCCUGGCCACCAAGGCUGUGCAGGACAUGGUCGACGACCUUAAGUCGGGGUGUGAGGAGCAGUUCGCCACUCUGCGCAGUGAGCUGGCGCAGCAAAAUGCUGAGCUGAACCGACAGCUCAGCAAGCUCGCAGGUGUCAAAGUCAAACACCUCAGAGCCAGGAACAUCCGCGUGCAAGACCUCAGCAGCCUUGAGGUACCCCUUCGACCGGGAGACCUGCCACCAGACACUGAGGCGGAGCCGCUCAGGUCGUAG